AUGGCUGUCUCUACUGCUGAUGAUGCCCUUUUCACUCGGGCGGUCUCUGGCUAUCGCGACGUCUUUUGGAGUAAACACAAGCACCUAUCGGAAGCGGAACGAAAGCGUCUCUGGACUCGCCGACUCAGUCAGUUUAUCACGGACAACACCUUGACUUCAGAUGGCAAGAUGACGACUCCUACCGACUCUGGACCUUCGGACAUUUUGGGCAAACGAACUCGACAGGAUACACCCCGGACCAUUCCUGGAAUUUCUACUCCUGCAAAGCGACGUGCCACCACUCCUGAGUCGAACCCUGCGGUCAAACAAACUGGCCCAUCCGUCCCUCUGGAUCCAUCCACCAUGACGAAUUCCUCGUUCAUGAUGCGGCGGCAGUCAACAAGCAACCAAAAGGCUGGACACGAGACCUACCAGUUGUCCGCUCGUCCCGCCUCCAUGGUGCGUUCGCAGAGCCAGCAAAUUCCGUCGAGACGACAACGGAUACCCGGUGACCCAGAAGCACGGCGACAAUCUUCUGGGCCCAUCUCGUAUAUUCACAACUUGAACGUCAACGAAUAUUCGCCCUCGGAAUACGCGCAGCAGUGCUUGGGAGAUGUUCCAGGUCAAGGUACCUCCGAUUUCACUUUGUCCAUCCCCUCUGACAUUGACAUGUCGAUGGGAACCCAUGAAAAUCUAGUCAUGCAACAGCAUCAGCUCCCACAGGAGCAAAUGCAGCAGACUUCCCCGUUCGCGGGGUUGACGUCAGACCAGUUGACGGUCGCGACGCUUCAAGCCACUGAAAUGAGCCGUAGUACAACAGCAGAGUCUUUAUGCGGAGGAUUAGGCAUGGUCAGAUUCGACUCCAAAGAGUCGAAUCCGGAGCAACUUUCCGAUUUUUCUUUUUCUUCUGAUUUUCUACACCUUACGUCCUCUAAGGACGUAGGUUUUCCUUCUGUCUCUUCAAUUGGCCACAUGGAUCAUGUGCCAAUUUCUUCUUCUUCCUCUUCUUCUUGUUCUUCUGCCCCAGAUCCUGUAUCUUUUCCUACUUCGUUAUCCCCUUCAUCUGCUGCACAGGAGAUGAAGGUUUCUUUUUCUGCCGAGAGCAAUGCCUCGGAUUUUUCCAUUACCCAACAGUCUAGGACUGUACGGCGCACAUCAGAACAAGUUGUUCAAGGUGCUAGGCCGAUUGCGCCCAAAGUAUCUUCUAACACAGACAGCAUGCCGAAUGGCACGGCAAAUGGCCAGCAUCGGAUGAUCCGCAUUUCAUCUGAAGACGGCACCUCGAAAGAGGUGGCCGCCAUCCCCAAAGCGUCAUUUCAACGGCCGCCACGGCCCAAGACUUAUUGUCAUCUUUGCACUGACCAACCCGAAGGGUUUCAUGGUGAACACGAACUCCGCCGUCACAUCGAGCGAGUUCAUGCAAUGGUGCGCAAAGUCUGGGUUUGCGUGGACAUCUCUCCAGACAAGGCUUUUCUUGCCAACUGCAAAGCGUGCCGUAAUGGCAAGCGGUAUGGGGCCAACUACAAUGCGGCAGCGCAUCUACGUAGGACUCAUUUCAACCCUUGCCAGCGCGGACGUGGCGGUCGUGGUAAAGACAGCGAGAAGCGCGGAGGCAAGGGUGGUGGGAACCUCCCACCUAUGGAAGUGCUGAAGCACUGGAUGGAGCAGAAGGAGGAAGUUGUGCUCGAUAAUGUUCAGUACUUGCUGGGUGAGGAGAUUCCUUCUGCCGAUAUGACCUCUAGCGUUGUUGCGCCUACAGUCGUUCAGCCGGAGACCAGCCCCGAGAUGUCUAGCGAAUAUGACACUAUGCCGCUGAAGUGGGAUACGGCCUUGGGCGACGGGUUUGAGAUGGUUGCUGAUUCUCUUCCAGGGAUGAGCCUUGCGCCAUCUUUGGACAGCCACUACUAUCUAUCCCAGCCCUUGACUGUAGACGACCCCUAUCUCGUACAGACAGCCGUAUAG